UUGGUUUGGAAGACCUGCUGGGUCCUACAGUCUCUCUUCUUGCAGCCUCUGGGUGCCUCCUCCGCUCUGCUUUCCUUUGAUUCCCCAUGCUUGUCCUGCCCAGACAGCUGAGCCCAUCUUCGGCAGCCUUCUCCUCCCCCAAAGAACAGUCAUUCACCUCCUUUUUAUUAAGUGCCAUGAGGAACAUCAGCUGGCUCUCUUUCUUUGCUGGGUUUUCCUUAUAUAUCAACGGAAGUGACACGGCUGAUGCUGAGGAGAGGUUGAUGAACCACCUCCUGAAUAGUUCACGCUAUAAUAACUUAAUCCGCCCAGCCUUCAACUCCUCACAGUUGGUAGUUAUAGAACUGCAGGUUAGCCUGGCACAGCUUAUCAACGUGAAUGAACGCGAACAGAUCAUGACGACCAAUGUCUGGCUCAAUCAGGAAUGGACUGACUACCGCUUAGCUUGGGAACCUUCUCAGUAUGAAGGCAUCAAUAAGCUAAGAAUACCAGCUAAGAAAGUCUGGCUACCGGACAUUGUACUGUACAAUAAUGCUGAUGGCACGUAUGAAGUCUCUGUGUAUACAAAUGUGAUUGUGAAGAAUAACGGGAGCAUAUUAUGGUUGCCUCCUGCCAUCUACAAGAGCGCCUGCAAAAUUGAAGUGAAGCAUUUCCCCUUUGACCAACAAAACUGCACAUUAAAGUUCCGGUCAUGGACUUACGAUCACACUGAAAUUGACAUGAUUCUUAAAACUGGCUCAGCCAGCAUGGACGACUUUAAACCCAGUGGUGAAUGGGACAUUGUGGCGCUCCCAGGGCGACGAACUGAGAACCCCUUGGACCCAAACUAUGUAGAUGUGACAUACGACUUUAUCAUUAAGAGGAAGCCUCUUUUUUACACCAUCAACCUCAUCAUACCUUGCGUGCUCAUAACAUCCUUGGCCAUCCUGGUGUUCUACCUGCCGUCGGACUGUGGAGAAAAGAUGACAUUAUGCAUUUCUGUCUUGCUUGCUUUGACUGUGUUCUUGCUCCUAAUUUCCAAAAUUGUCCCCCCAACUUCUCUCGAUGUUCCAUUGAUUGGAAAGUAUCUGAUGUUUACAAUGGUAUUGGUGACAUUCUCAAUUGUUACUAGUGUCUGCGUGCUGAAUGUCCAUCACAGAUCUCCAAGCACUCAUGCAAUGCCAUCAUGGGUGAAGGUGGUCUUCCUCAAGAGACUGCCAAACUUCCUGUUCAUGAAGCUCCCAGAGAAUAACUCUGUGAGGCAACGGCUGUGCAACUGUAAGAAGAAUAAAGAGGACAGUUUUUGUAGCAAUCAAUCAGACCUGUACAAGGGCUCCUCAACUUGCUUUGUGAAGACAGCCACCACCAAAAAAUAUGACCUGAAACUGGCAGAAAAUCCUGAUCAUGUCGGCAGCCAUCAAGACAUUAGGCUACGAUCAUCAGCAAAGUUUCCCCUCGAAGUCCAAGAAGCUAUUGACAGAGUCAGUUUCAUAGCAGACCACAUGAGAAGUGAGGACAUCAAUGAGAAUGUCAUUGAAGACUGGAAAUAUGUUGCCAUGGUAGUGGACAGGCUGUUUCUCUGGAUAUUUGUCUUCGUUUGCGUUCUGGGGACUGUUGGCUUGUUCCUGCAGCCACUGUUUCAAAACCACUCAACUGGCAUGAGCCCUUAAGCUGGCGGAAUCCGAGACCAGCAAUUGCUUCUCUCACUGUCUGGGCUAGACUCCGCUUUGAGUUCCACAAGUAUAAUUUCAAAGUCCACUCAUUUGCACAGAUUUUUUUUACUGGGGGGAAAACAUACAAUAUCACUAUUGGAUUCAAUUAACUUCUUUAAGAUGGGCUUAUAUCUCUCUUCCCACCCAAACCUGAAUACCCAUGACAAGUGAGGUGUUGAUGAAAAACAUCAAAACCAAUAAUGAAAAACAUCAAAACCAAUAAUGAAUCAUCUGUUUAACCUCAUUCAUCAUAUGCUGCCCAGACAGAUUCUUGUCUUUCAUGGCUUCCAAAAUAUGAUCAGUCUAGGGCUCUGGUAGACCUCCAGGACGUGAGAAUUCCAUCUAUGAGGGAACACCUCAUUAUGUAUCCUUUAAGUUGUUCAGCUGUUUCAUUUACUUGUAUUUUUUUCAACAAAAUACUUGUCUUCAAUGCUACAUCUUU